GAUUAUGGGGACUUCUGAAGUUAGCAAGCUGAAGACCAAGGAGGGCUGAUGGUGUGGCGAAGGGCAACAGAUCAGACACCAGGAGGACGAAGCUUCCAGUUUGAAUCUGAAGGAAGCUCAAAACCUGGCAUCCAGCAUCAAGGCUCUAUACAGAGCCCAAAUGGACAAAGACUCCCCGCAUGAAAAAAACCAGCAUUUUAAAAAAAGAGGCGUGGCUUGGUUGACGCUUAUCCCCAGGUCCUUCCCAACAGGUUGUGCUAUGAAAAGGAGUAAAUUACUCGUGCUGGAGGGUGCAGCUUCAUCAUCAAAGAUAAUUAACUCUUUUGCGGGGAUGUGACCUACUUUUUUUAUUUUUCAGGACAGGGUUUCUCGGUGUAGCUUUGGAGCCUGUCCUGGAACUCGUUCUGUAGACCAGGCUGGCCUCGAACUCACAGAGAUCCGCCUGCCUCUGCCUCCUGAGUGCUGGGAUCAAAGGCAUGGGCCACCGCUGCCCAGCUGUGUGACCUACUCUUUAAGGAUUACUGUUGCUUGUAUAAUAAAGGUGUUUAUGGGUCUGUUCUUGGAAUCUAAGGUGACUGUAGGUUUAGGAUCAGGCAUCUUUAGGGGUCUUGUACGGCCCACGUUAGGAAAUGCUUUUUAGCAAAAGCACAUUUUUCAGGCUUGUUAUAAAUAUCAAGGUAUUUUCCCCUUGCCCACCUCCUCAAUAUACCAACAACACAGCGGAGGCUCAGUAAAAGCUUUGCAAACUUGGCAAAAAAAAUAUGUCUGCGAUUCAGUCCUUAACACCUGGAAGCUCUCAAUAACUACUGAGUUCAAACAAAAAUGUGAUCUUACCAGUAUGUUUGUGGCGGAAGCCACAUACUUAAUAGGGUCCUGAUAAGGGAAAUUGUCAUUUUAAUGUAGAGAAAUAAGAUGGGGCCUGGAGAGAUGGCUCAGAGACUAAGAGCACUUAACUGCUUUUAGAGAAGACCUGAAGUUCCUACAUUAGGCAGGCGGUGCACAGUUCACAGCUUCAUAAACUUAUCCGGCUUGCAGGUGGCGGUGGCGCAUGCCUUUAAUCCCAGCACUCCGGAGGCAGAGCCAGGCGGAUCUCUGUGAGUUCAAGGACAGCUUGGUCUACGAGAUCCAUCCAGGACAGGCACCAAAACUACACAAAGAAACCCUGUCUCGAAAAACAAACAAACAAACAAACAAACAACAUCUUAUCUGGUUCUAAGGGAUUAGACGCCCUCUUCUGGGACCUGUACUCAGGAACAAUGUUGUUCUGCUCCCCCCCCCCCCCCCACCAAGGUUAAAGAUAAAAUCUUUGCCGAGCAUGGUGGUGUACUGUGGGGGCCCACAGAAGCUCCCUAGUAAGGCCUUACUCAAGGUCAGAGAAUCUGAGCUUGCUUUACCCAGCAGGGCUGCAUAAUAGGAUGGUUUGGCCAGGGGCGUGUCUGCCAGGUACUUUGAAAAGUUUACACUUGGCUGUACGUUGUACUUUGAUCUUGAAAGGGGGAGGUCUUUUGACUCUCUCCCCUUGGUAGUGUAUAAAAAGCCCAUUAGAAUAAAACUCCGGGCGACUGGGUAUUAACCCAGGGCUCUCCGGAAGCUAUGCUGUUGUCUCCGUCUGUAUUUCUAUCUAAUACUUCCUCAUUCCUCUCUCCUCUCCUAAAGAACCCUUCGACAGGUCGGAGCUGCUCUCCUACAGUGUGCCCCUUUAAUUCCAGCACUCACGAGAUAGAGGCAGGUGGAUCUCUAAUAGUUCAAGGCUGGCGUGGUUUACUUAGUGAGUUAAAACGGUUAGCUAGGGCUGUAAAAAGGGAGACCCCUCCUCCCGUCCCGCCUCCUCCAAAAGACUUUUCAUUGGCUCUCAUUUAAUCAACUCUGGACAGCCUCCCCCAGACAGCCAAUCAGAAGGAAGGGGGCGGGAACUGCUGCGCAGCUGACCGGCAGUAGCGGCUCGCGAAAAAUGUCCCGGCCCGGCGGGGUCUGGGGGUGCGCGGCGGCCAUGGACUGCGAGCAGCCGGACAGCUUGGAAGGCUGGGUGCCGCUGCGCGAGGACCUCUUCCGGGAGCCCGAGCGACACCAGCUGCGCUUCCUGGUGGCCUGGAACGCCGAGGAGGGCCAGUUCGCCGUCACCUGUCACGACCGCACGGCGCAGCGGAGGCGCGGGCCGCCGGACGGCGGCGGCGGGGGGUGCAGCUGGGCCGGGCUGCUGUCGGCCGCCGGGUUCCGGGGCGCGCACCGGCAGCUGGCGGCGCUGUGGCCGGCCCUGGAGCGCUGCUUCCCGCCGCUGCCGCCCGAGGUGGAGGCGGCGGGCGGCCGCGGCUGGGGCCUGGGGCGCGGGCUGUGGGCGCUCAUGUGGCCGGCGCCCGCGGAACCCGGCGACGCGGCGCUGCAGGAGCUGUGCCGCCAGCUGGAGCGCUACCUGGGCCAGGCGGCCGAGGGCUGCGGCGGCGCCACCGUGCGCGACGUGCUCUUCCCGGCCCCGGGCGACCCGGCGGACUGCGAGGGCCUGCGCGAGUUCCGGGAGAAGACGCUCCGCGCGCGGCUGGACGGGGCGGCCGCACGGCUGCGCCAGGUUCUUCAAGAUCACAGAAAAGCCAACACCAUGGUAGCAUUAAUGAAAGUUUAUCAAGAGGAAGAUGAAGCAUAUCAAGAAUUAGUUACCACGGCAACCAUGUUCUUCCAGUAUUUACUGCAGCCAUUUAGAGAUAUGCGAGAAGUUGCGACCUCAUGUAAGCUUGAUAUUCUGAAGUCCCUGAAUGAGGAUGACCUGGGUCCUAAAAGGGUAGUUUCUCUACAGAAGGAAGUCAAUGAAUGGACCAGACGGGCUGAAGAAGCAGCGGUCUCUAUUCAAGAUAUCACUGUGAAUUAUUUUAGGGAAACAGUCACAGCAUUAACAGGAAUGCAGAAACAGAUGGAGCAGGACCGGAAGAGAUUUGGCCAGGCUGCCUGGGCCACAGCCAUGCCCAGGCUAGAGAGUCUCCAGCUCAUGUUAGCUCGGGAGACUCUGCAGCUUAUGCGAGCCAAAGAGCUGUGUCUGAAGCACAGGUGCGCUGAAAUCCAGAGGAAGAUGGAGGAUCUCCCAGGCCAAGGGAAGAGCACAGACGUCGUCGAUGAGCUAGAGAUUCAGUAUUAUGAGAUUCAGUUGGAGUUGUACGAGGUUAAACUUGAGAUCCUGAGGAGUGAAGAGAUGAUCCUUGUCACACAGUUGGACUCUGUGAAGAGACUUAUAAAAGAGAAACAGGAUGAAGUGGUCUACUACGACCCGUGUGAAAGCCCAGAGGAGCUGAAGGGCCUGGCCCACGACCCAGAGCUGCAGCACGGUGAGAGUGGAGAGCUGAGAUUACUCAGCCAGCAGCGGCAGCAGCUGGAGGCUCAGCGGGGCCGCAUCUGUGCCAGGAGGGCCCAGCUCAGGAGCAGGAGGGAUCACUGCCGAGAAAAUCAUCAGCUCAGACUGCAGCAGGCUAAAGAGAGCGUGAGACAUUUUCACCAGCACCACAAUAUUCAGAUGAAAAGAGACAAAAUAAAAGAAGAGGAACAAAAGAAAAAAGAAUGGAUAAACCAUGAACGUCAAAAAACACUUGAGCGACUAAGAGCUUAUAGGGAGAAGCGUCCAGCUCCUCCGUCUGCACUGAGAACAGCUUGCUCAGAAACCAUGGUGCCAAACCUCUCAGGUGGACGCUCUCCCAGGAGGUCCUCAGCAGCUCAUCACAAGAUAGCUCACCCUGCCUCUAGCAAAAUUGGAAGUGUUACUCCUUUACCUGAAGCUAAUAUGAAAACCCCUGAGCCUCAAGACUCCUCUGGCGGUAUUCCUGUCCAGAUUUUUGUUCCAGUUGGUGACCAGACACCCUCCCGAUUCAGUGAGGAUCUGUCACUACCGCCACAGCCACCACCCCCUCCUCCCCCACCACCCCCUCCUCCACCCCCACCACUUCCUCUCCCAGCUCUGUCCUCUUCUCAAGCUACUACUCGUCAGAAUUUAGGACUCAGGACUUCAGCAACAGAGGACCAGCCACUCUCUCUAGUGUGUGAGGCAUCUGCUGAAAGACCAUGUGUUCGUCUAGGAGACUUCCAGUGUCCAGGCUCUAUGGAUGAAGUGCUGGCCUCUCUCCGGCAGGGCAGGGCCUCUCUCCGGAAAGUCGAAGCACCUACCUUGCCCCCUCCCCGCACCUCAGUCAAUGAACAGGUCCUGGCUGCCAUCAGGCAGGGGGUGCAGCUGAAGAAAGUCCACCCAGAUGCAACUGUAGAGCCCAGCAAGAAGCGAACCAGCGACCUGGAGAGGAGCAUCAGGGCAGCCUUGGAAAGAAUUAAGAGAGUGUCUGCUGACUCAGAGGACAGUGAUGAGCAGAGUCCUGGCGAGUGGGACCACUAGGGUCUCCCGGUGACAGAGGCAGAAUGACCCAUAAACCUUAGACCAGCAAGGCUUCCCUGGGACUACUGCUUUGAUGUGGCCUUAACACGUGGAGAGCGGUGGAGGCGGGGUGACUGUCACAACCCACAGGUGGGUGGGCUGGCCAUGGGAACAGAACUGUGUCUACGCUCGAGGCAUUGUCUGACCUGGAGGUGCAACCCUGUGGUAUACAUUAAACAGUGUGCUUCCAUGUGUGUGAACACUGGUUCCACAGACUUAAAGGCUCAAAUGUGAACAUGAUUUUAGCAGUAAUCAGAAGAAAUUGCAUAUAUUCCAGAAUUACUUUAAAUAUUUAAAUAAAGUUUAUUUUGUGUAUCAGCACUACAGAAACUCAUAAUAAACACUAUUAUAAUA